GUCCUUCAGCCGCUACUGAAACUAGGGAGAGCUGGAAGCUGGAAUACUGUUCACGGAUAGAGCGCUCAUAUAACCACAAUCACUCCCCCAGCACUGCAGAUCCCUGCUCCAGAGUCAACACAACGUGCUUGGAAUAAACAAUAAAAGCCUCAUCAAGAGCUUCAAGCAAGAUGGGCAAUCAGGUAUCCGAUCAGAUGGAGGUUCAGCCUGCCAAUGCAAAGCUGGAAAAUGGAGCGGCAAAUGGUCAUGUGAGCAUCCCAUCUACAGACGAGGGUGAAAAUGUUGCCUGUGAAGUAGCUGUAGAGCAAAGCAGUGAGCUCCCUUCCCCACCCACAAAAGAGGCCAGCCCCCCAUCAGGGAAUGAGGUGGAUGGCGACAAGAAGCACACCAAGGGCACCCCAGCAGCGCCAGAGCCCGUCGUCCUGCUGUCGUUCUCCAAGACGGAACCCCCCAGUACUGAUGCCCCCGAGGAUCCAUCACAGCAGUCUGUCAGCAUCAAUGCCUCUGUUGAAGAGGAGGCCAGUCCCCAGGGUCUUGAUCUCAAAACGGAAACGCCAACUGAGUUGGACUCCUCCUCCAAAGAGGAGGAGUCUAAGCAGAAGGGGGCAAAGAGGGCCAAAUUCUUAAAAGUUUUUAAGAAGAAAAACAAAGGUGAAGUUGAGAAGGAGCUAACUUUGGAGUGCAACAGUCCACCUGAAGAUCAGGAACCCUCUGUAGAAGCUGAGGUUCUGACAAAUGGUCUCCAUUCUGAGCCCGGAGCCGUAGAGGGGACCACAGCUGCGGAGAAGCCUUCGGAAGGUCCGUCUACUAACGGCACCCCAGCUGGAGGCGAAGCCCUCGAAGUCAACGGUGAAACUGUUCAGCAGGCGGACACCAAAGAGCAGGAGGUUCCAGCAGAGGACAAAAGAGUGAUGAACUUUUUCAAAACUCUCGUGGCCCCCAGUAAAGCUCCCAAAGAAGAGGGAGCCCCUCCCGCUGUCCCUGUCGAAGAGGUGAAAGUCAGCGAGGAGCCAGAACCGAAGGCCCAAGCCGAGGCGAGCCCAGUGACCGAGCCGGCCGACACAUCGAUGGCAGAACCCAAAGCGCCGGCCCCUUCUGUGAAAGUAUCCGUGCCCAGUCCUUUCAGCAAGUUCUUCAAAUCGAAGCAGCCUUCGAAGGGAGACAAACCAGAAACUACAACAAAAGCCGUACUGGAAGUGGACGCAUCGAUGGCCUCCACAGCCUCUAAACCCCCCCCACCUCCCCCGCCACCAGAGCCACCCAAACUGGAAGUCAAAGCAGAGUUGGCUAUCCCAGCCAUCAACAGUGCCCAGACAGAAGCACCCAAAGAUGCGGCGAAGGAGCCUGAAGCUGCCAGCAAGCAGAAGCCCGCCAAAGGCAGCCCCUUCCGAAAACUGUUCCAUUCAAAGGAGGAGGAGAAACAGCAGGAAGAGGAGACACAGCCAGUUGAGGAGGAGGUAACCGAGGCGAAGUCCGCAGAUGUCCGAGUUUCACCAGGUCCAUCUCCAAAAGCAGAGAAGAAAUCAGGAAAGUCCAAUCUCAUCGCCUUCUUUAAGCCUACGAGUCUGCGAGUCUCUGUGGUCCAGGCAUGUAGCUUCAGCAUUCUGGCCAGCUCUGCCUCUGCGACCCCCGACACCAAGGCGAAGGAAGGUGCAUCGGUAGCCGCGCCUGCCGUUACCGUGGAUGCCGCCCAGGCCGCUGCAGUGAAGGCGGAGCCCAAGCCUGCCGCUGAGGCGGAGAAGAAGCCGGAGGCCACACCCGCGGACGGGAAGCCCGUCUCCCAGGCCUCGCAGUCGGGAGAGGACGGCACCUCCGGCCCCUCCAAGAAGAUGGAGAAGAGGAACUCCGUCCACACGUUCUUCAAAAUCCUGGCCCAAAAGCGGCAGUCUGACACUGGAGUUCAGACCGACCCCGUGACCAUAGUUUACCCGACCAAAUAACAACACCCCCAUGUCAGGAGUGCCACAUCCCAAGUGCCUACUUUCUUCUUCCAGGGAAAAACAGACAGCAAAUGUAUAUUUAUACUGAAAAACAGGUUUCCUUUUCUCAUCAAAUGUAAGUGUGGAUUGUGGAAAGUGGAGGCUUUGUAAAGUUAAAAGAAAGUUGUCGUGACUGUUAGUGUGGGAACUGCUGUUUCACAUGGGGGUGGAGAAAGGGGAGGAGCCACCAGACAAAGAACUCAUUGCAAGGUUACCUCAAUGUGGAAGUGGAAGGUAUUUUUGAUUCAGGUUUUGAUGUCAGGUUGAUAGCUGAUGUAGAGAAAAGAGAAAGCUAGCAGUGACCGGAAAGGUGUUAUUUAUCUGUUUAAAGGGACUGGGGUGUUUAAAGUAUAGCUUAUUCUUUUAAAAACAGGAUUCACUUAAAUAGUUCUAAACUCUAAGCUUAUUUAUCUAUGCUUUGUGGUCUAAUAUGACUUAUUUUGUCUGGUUGUUGUUGUUUUUUUCUUUUUCAUUUGUGAAAGAAAAGUCUCCCUUGGAGCAUUAAAACUUUAUUGAAAUUGUGUUCAGCCAGCCUGCUCAUUGAAGCAAAUGAAACACAUUGAUGCUGUACAUGUGAGAGGAGGUUUAAUACUGAAGCCCUGAGCACCCUGCACAUAAUUCGCAGAAUCUCUGGAGCAAAGAUCUGUGCUGUGCAGCCUGGUUAUAAUCUCAUAAUGCUGAAAUUCAAUCUAGGUGUCACAGAAGUGUUACAGAAGGGCAGGGCCAAUCAGGCGUAAACAAAACACCAAAGGCCUUCAUUGGUUUAACUGCAAUGCGGCUCCUUAACUCCAAAUAAUAACAUUUAGACAUUCCGUUUUUACGUUUAGUAAAGCAUAUUAUCAGUUUGGCAUGAGCUAAGAUUAACCAAAUAUAAUGUACACAAAGGAAUGUAACACUUUUUUCUUUCGUUAAAAUCUAAGGCUAGAUGCAGUGCAUUUAAAAUGUGCAACACAGAUGUACCGAAAGCCAAAAUUAGGAAUGGGUGUCAUAUCACAUUCAAAACUAGUACAGUUCUUUUAUAGAAGUAUAUACUCUCCACUUACCAGCAGCUUACUGUUCACAAUAAACUGUGAACACAAGGUAACUGCAGACUAAGAGUUCCAUUAUAGAACCCAAAUUAUGGGCACAGAAACUGCAUCACAGAUGUUCAGGUGCUUUCAAAAGUACUGUGCUAAUAUUCAUAUUCACUUAAAUAAUAUUAAGCUUUUGCUAUCUAUUCCAACACUCCACCAUUUCAAGAGAGGAUAGGACUUUUUGGCCAUCGAUGCUAUUAUAUUUGCACAAAAAUUUCAAAAGCUUUGUUGGAUAUUUAUUUAAGACACUUAAUAACCGUAACUCUUUUAACACAUGUACUUGUAAAAGCAUGUUUAUAUUGGCUAGGUUUGCAAUGAUCCUUAACUCUUUAAUGUCAAGGAAAUUUCUGUAGGCCUCAGCAGUGGCCGUCAGCCUUUAUUAUUUUGAAUGCCAUUUUUUAUAUAAACCUCGUAAAUCUGACGAGAUGAAUUUCAUGUUCUUAAGAGACCAAACUGAAAACUUAUGGGGUUGUUCUGUCUGAUGCCAUCUGCAGUGAGGAAUGGCCCAUUAACUAAUUGAGGUAAAAUAAUUCAUUUGUGGGGACUCUGUACAUAGCAUAUACAGUUUAGGAAUAUGUACAAGAAAAUCUCAUUUAUCCAUGAAAAUGAACUGGCAACAAAUACCCUAAACUGCAAAUCUGUCCUUUUUCCAUGCGGCAACUUAUUCAAAAGAAAUUAAUGCUGUAUAGUAAAAUGCUUUUAGGCAGAUUGCUCUGUCAUACAAACUGUAUACAGAACAAAACUGCAUACAGUUUGUGUCCUUGUCUACAUUUUUCAUGUUACAUUGGUAAUAUAUCUUCUGGGAUUAAUUCAUACACAUUAUGAUGCACAUUAUUCCAAAUAAAGCCCUUGACAAGCAGAUAAUUA